GCCCGUGAUAUAGUACCGCUCAACAGCUUGGAUGCCAGACAAUUCCCGCCUUCAACAUUUGCCGGCGUCCUGCUGUGCGGAAAUGCCUCGAUUAUAUCAUUUCCCCCUCCCAGAAGGUAGGCUUUUGUAACUCCUCCCCUCUUCCACCCCGGAUAUUGUCUCGCUCUCAACAGACAAGCAACACCUUUUCCGUAAUCAUUUGGAUCUCUAUACUCUGAACAAACAGCGUCUACCAUGCUCGUGCGGUAGCUGGACUUCCUACGUGUCCUUUCUGUUGUUAUACUCUCUCCACUCUGGUGUUGUUUCAUUGGGAUAUAUGUGCUCUGCUGCAUUGGUUUGCCACGAGCAGUUUAGCACGGCAUUACAACAAUAUCUACAAUCCGCUCGAAAAAUGUUUCAGGCGAGACAUGCCUUCAGACGCCUUUAUCAGAUUUUGGCGGACCGAUCUUACUCGCGAGUGCUUCUUAUCCUGCCUCCCCAAGGUUGACCAGCAAUCUCUCCGACUGGUCUGCAAAGGCUUUGCCCAUGAUGUCGCCCCUGUCCUAUUCCACCGACUCCAGAUCCGUUUCACCGCCAACGUAUUCUCACGAAGGGCACGGAUGGCGGCGUUGGAUCGUGUCGGCGGUUAUGUGCGAACGCUUGCCUUCGUCAUGCCGCACCACUCCGAUACAUUCUUACCGCCUCUACUGGUCCCAGGCACUUUAGAGGAAGUCAACUUCAACUAUGAACCACACCUGGUCAAUUCUCGACCGACAUCCUCGUCUAGCUCUUCCUCCUUUUCAUCUUCAAAAUAUGGGUCGUCGGAGAUGAACGAUCUCCUGGUUAAGCAGUAUCCCCCUCUAUUUCACGCCGCAACCGAUAUUGAUACUUUCAUCCGGGCUGUCUCUGCCAUGUCGAAUCUGCGUCACCUCCAUGUCUCGUGCCCAGGUCAACCUGCGGGCCAGCGGUAUCGAAAAGACAUUGUCGACUAUGCUAUAAUCUCACUAAGACUGGCUGUGGAAAAUGCGAACCUCUCCAAGUUGGAAACGCUUACCCUAGCCCCCGUCCAUCCGGCGGCGAUACUCUACCUUCGGUCUCAUCUAAGCAUUGGAACAACGCCAGCAUCGUCCCGAGUAUGGAGGCGUAUCAAAACACUGAAUAUUGAAAUGGAGGGCUUUGAAUAUGGUCGCGAUAAGCCUUCAGAUCACCUCAAAAUCCUGCACAGUUAUCUGCAAACACUGCCAUCCUUAGAACGGCUCAAGUUCCAAUGGAUAGGCACCAAAGGACCCUUUCCACUGGCGCUGCAUCUCGAGCCUUGUGCUUCACAACCCAAUGUGCUGGACUGCCCUAAUGCCUGUCCCAAGACCAGCACCAAAUCUCCGUUGAGGCCGUUAAAGUUCCGUCGCUUGAAGUGCAUGGAAUUACGCAACGCGACGCUGGACGCCAGCCAGGCGUCGGACUUCAUUAUGUCGCAUUGGAAGGUGUUGCACGAGUUUCAAUUCGAGCAAUGUCAUCUCAGAUCGGGCACUUGGGAUGAUGCCCUCGCACCAUUGACGCGCAUCGUUGGAAACGAAAGCUGGAAGCAGAAGCAAGAGGAGGUUAUGGACGUCCCAAUCAUGCUCAGCUCCAACGAGGAAAAGAAGACCACGGAUUGUGUCGAGGAACGGCUGUGGGACGAUAUCUUCACUAGGCAUAAGAGUUUCCAAACGCUCCGCAAAGUUGGCAUGAGGACAAAAGAGGUGCUGCCUGAAAGGGUGAAGCGGCUCUUGAGAAGUGCCAGACUUGGGUGGCAUUGAGCCUCAUCAUGCUAAAUUUUCGACGUGAAGACAAAACACAUGGCAGAGUGCUCUACAACGUUGUACCUCUACGUCCAGAUAGUGGAGAAGCUGACCUUUAAAUAUACUGGCUGACGCGUCAGUGACAUAGCAGCGCAUCCCAAGCAACUUAACAUUGAAGAAAUCAUUUUUGGAAAACAUCCUUCAGUAGUGCAAUAAAG